AUGGCCUCCUUCAUCCCUGUUGACCAGCGUCCCCUCAAGGACACCAUCUGCCUCUUCGAUGUCGACGGCACCUUGACCCCGGCCCGUCUGCCCGUCACCCCCGAAAUGCUCGACCUCCUCUCCCGCCUCCGCGAAAAGUGCUCCAUCGGCUUCGUCGGCGGCUCCAACCUCGCCAAGCAGCAAGAGCAGCUUGGCUCCGCCUCCGUCGACGUCACCACCAUCUUCGACUGGUGCUUUGCCGAGAACGGCCUCACCGCGAUCCGCCUCGGCGAGACCCUCCCCUCCAACAGCUUCAUCAAGCAGGUCGGCGAGGAGCCCUACAAGGAGUUUGUCAACUUCUGCCUGCGCUACAUUGCUGACCUCGACGUCCCCGUCAAGCGUGGUACCUUUGUCGAGUUCAGGAACGGCAUGAUUAACGUGUCACCUGUGGGAAGGAACGCGAGCGUUCAGGAGAGGAAUGAGUAUGAGGCUUUUGAUAAGGCGAAUAAUAUUAGGCCUAAGUUUAUUGAGGCUCUCAAGGAGAAGUUUGGCCACCUCGGCCUCAACUACGCCAUUGGCGGUCAGAUCUCCUUCGACGUCUUCCCCGAGGGCUGGGACAAGACCUACUGCCUGCGACAUCUCGAAAACGAGGCCAACGCCCCCGGCGGCGUGACCUACAAGACCAUCCACUUCUUCGGCGACAAGACCUUCAAGGGCGGCAACGACUACGAGAUCUACGAGGAUUCCCGCACCGUUGGCCACUCCGUCACCGGCCCCGAGGACACGGCGAAGAUCCUCAAGGAGCUGUUUGACCUGUGA